AUGACGUAUGGAUAUACGUUACCCGUUCAGCAAGUCGUCUCGAACGGUCAAGCAAUGACCGUGCCUAUACAACCCAUUGAAUAUCACACUUACAUGCACGAUUCAGUAUCCAAUCCUUAUCUAGUCCAAUCCGCACACACUUCAUCUCACGUCAUACAAUGUUCCGCUAAAAAACCCAAACUUUCUCUUAAAUCCGAAUUAAUGUCUUUCUAUUCCGAUAUUGCACAAUUGGAUGCCGCCAACGAAAGUAAUUCGAAUUCAGAAACUCCCAUCGUUACAUGCGCAUCUACUCCAAACAUAACGACACCACCCGUAACUACGGCACCAGCUACAGUAGUAACAACCACAACAACCACUACUGCUUCAGUUGUACCUGCCGUUUCUAGCAUUGCAAAAGCAACCGAAACGUUGCCAUCGAAUGGCGUGUCAAGUUUGGUGGCCAAAUGGCAGCAAGUUCAACAGGAAGUUAGAAGAGAUUUUAGUGAAGAUGAUGAUGAAGAAGAAGAAACUUUGAUAACAAAAUAA